GCUGUGACCCCAUCCCAGUGGAGUACCUGCGGUGGGGUGACCCUGAACCGAUAGCUGCUGUGGUCUUCGCCUGCCUCGGGCUCAUGUUCACAUUCUUUGUCACUGCAGUCUUCAUCAGGUUCCGGGACACCCCAGUAGUGAAAUCUUCCAGUCGGGAGCUGUGCUACAUCAUACUGGCAGGGAUCUGCAUGGGGUACCUGUGUACCUUCAGCCUCAUUACCAAACCCCAUGUAGUCCACUGCUACCUCCAACGGCUGGGAAUAGGCCUGUCACCUGCCAUGAGCUACUCUGCACUCGUCACCAAGACAAAUCGCAUCGCUCGGAUUCUGGCAGGCAGCAAGAAGAAGAUCUGUACAAAGAAACCUCGCUUCAUGUCCGCCUGCGCUCAGCUCAUCAUUGCCUUCCUCCUCAUACUGUUGCAGCUGGGCAUCAUCGUGUCUCUCUUCCUCAUGGAGCCACCAGAGGUGAUCCAUGACCACCCCAGCAUCCGCCAGGUUAACCUCAUUUGCAACACCAAUAACCUGGGCGUGGUUGCCCCGCUGGGAUACAAUGGCCUGCUCAUCCUCAGCUGCACCUUCUAUGCCUUCAAGACACGCAACGUCCCAGCUAAUUUCAACGAGGCUAAGUACAUAGCCUUUACCAUGUACACCACCUGUAUUAUAUGGCUGGCCUUCGUACCCAUCUACUUUGGCUCUAACUACAAAAUUAUCACCAUGUGCUUCAGUGUCAGCCUCAGUGCCACUGUGGCGCUGUGCUGCAUGUUCGUACCCAAGGUGUACAUCAUUCUAGCCAAACCAGAGCGUAACGUGCGCAGUGCCUUUACCACGAGCACAGUGGUGCGCAUGCACGUGGGCGACGGCAAAUCUUCCUCAGCCGCCAGCCGUUCUUCGAGUAUGGUUAAUCUGUGGAAACGUAAGGGCUCUACUGCAGAGAAUCUCAGCUCCAACGGUAAAUCAGUGUCUUGGGCGCAGACGGAGCGCAGCAGUAACCGUGGAAACCACCUGUGGCAACGUCUGUCCUUCCACAUCAAGAAGAAGGAGAACAACCAAACGGCCGUCAUCAAGCCCUUCUCCAAAACCUCCGAGGAGCGUUACUUUGGGGGGGGUGACCUGCCCCCACACAUGCCUCUGCCCUCCCUCCCCUCCAUGUCUUCCCUGUCCAUUCAUCAGGACUCUGUCACCGACAAGACCCUGUACGAGCUCUCUGAGGCGGAGGAGCGCUACUCGAACACGUACCUGCCGCAGACGCCCUCGCCCAUCAGCACCAUCAGCCAGAGACUAGGGGCCGGAGUCGGGGACGAUCACUCGAUGACUGGCGUUCCUAACUACCCGAGCAGCAUCUGCAGCGGGGGGAGCGUGAGCAGCGGGGGGGGCAGCAGUUGCGGUCCUGCCAGCAGCGGCUCUCUGGUGGUGGGGAGUGACGGGCGUCUGAUUGUUCUGGACAAUUACCCAGCACCGCAUCCCAGCUCCCUGAUGGAUCAGAUCAGCUGCGUGGUGAACCGCUUCACCGCCAACAUCACGGAGCUCAACAGCAUGAUGUUAUGCUCUUCUCCGACGCACUCGCACUCCAACAAGCAGCCCCCCCCCUCUCCUCCACCAGCCGACCCCUAUCUGUUGCCCCGGGAGAUCCCGAUGGCCCCGACCCUCACCACCCAUGCUGACAUCCAGCCCCUCCCCCCCGUCGAGACCAGCAUGGCGGGCCGGAGCGGAUGUCCUGUUCACUCCAUUCCUCACUCACCUUACCCCCUGCCGCCUCACAUUGGCCAGGCCUCCCCCUCUCUCUCCCCCAUGCGAGGAGGCCUCAUCCCCUGCCUCACCCACUCCCCUCUGAGGAGGGCCGAGUUGGAAGAGGAGCUUUUUGCUUUGACUCCGCCGUCCCCUUUCCGCGAUUCCCUGGGAUCUAGCAGUGGCUCGCUCAUCUCAGAGACAGGCCUGUGUCUCCCCCCAGCCCCCUCCCAUCCUCCCCCCUCCCCCCCUUCGCCCAGGUACAGUAGACUGACACUCAGAAACUACAGCCAGAGUUCAUCCUCACUGUGAGGCAGAGUUUUCAUGUGAAGAAAACGCAGAUUUGAAGAGGAGUGCUCAAAAAACGACACGGUUGAUAUGAGUGAAGUAUUGGAGGAUGGAAACACUGAAAUCCAUCCGUCCUUACGUGAAACUAGAAGUAAAGGGGUCGUGGUAAAGGAUUCGUGAACAGCUGGUUGAUGAGGACACCAAGCUGCGGCAGUGUUUGUGUUUACAUGUUUGCAUUGAGAUGCAAGUAUGAGAAGCUUGCCCACGUCGUAUUUUCUUAGUGCAGUUUAUCAAAAGUGGGGCGUGAAGAGUUGCAAAAAAAAAAGGGCCACAAUGACUUUGAGAUGUUUUAGUGUCUGUAAAGUCAAAAAUCAUUCUUGAAGUUCUAGAGCAUAGAUUGUAUAUAAGAAGUGGUAAACUUGGUUUGUGGACUAACGUGUGGAAGCCUUGAGUACUGCAUCUUGGCCGUCAUCAUCUUGUGUUUUUUGGAGUAAAAGGUGAGAAUUUUGGACAAAAGGGUAACACAUUGUUAUAUCUCUACCCUGAUCGACAGGUCGCCCUAAAGCAUGCCUUACUUUAUCGUCUAUUUUACUCAAAAUGGGACCAUCAUUUAGAAACUGAAUAUCGUACCUUAAUGAGCAAGACCUCAAAUUAGCGACUAAAGAUCAUUAGGAUUAGGGUCAUAUUCUAAAAGACUUCUAUAGAAUUGCAAUGAUUUAUUAUUUAGAAGACUUUGACCCCCGAAAUUGAGAAGGUUCUAGGCUCCUUUGCAUUGGCUUCACCUUUCAGACCCAAAAAGCUACAUCCACUUGUUGUGUACAGUCUAUGGUUUAGAGCUACAUAUAUGUUAGGUUUGGGUAGUGGCCUUAAGGUUCUAUGGCUAUCAACUAAUUAGUGUGUGUGUGUGUGUGUGUGUGUGUGUGUGUGUGUGUGUGUGUGUGUGUGUGUGUGUGUGUGUGUGUGUGUGUGUGUGUGUGUGUGUGUGUGUGUGUGUGUGUGUGUGUGUGUGUGUGUGUGUGUGUGUGUGUGUGUGUGUGUGUGUGGUGUGUGUGUGUGUGUGUGUGUGUGUGUGUGUGUGUGUGUGUGUGUGUGUGUGUGUGUGUGUGUGUGUGUGCAUGAGUAUGUUUAAUGGUGAGAUUAAACUCCUAAAGCAUGUACGGACAAAACAAAGGCUAUUUGCUGACACACACACACACACACACAUAGGCGUGAGCAAACAUAUACACAUACAAUUUAAGGGAAAAAAACUGUAAAUAUACGAGAAGAUAUGGAUUUUUCUUGGUAAAGAAAAUCUUACAUGUUUCUGACAGAAGUGCAAUGUGUUAACAUACCAGACUGUAUGUUACUCUGAAGAACAGAGCGUUUUUUGUAUUCAUCCAGCUCUCUAAUCUGUUCCCCUUACAUUGCUUUUUUCUCCUCUCCUCUUUCUCCUGCUGCUUUCUUUUGUCCCGCCAGUCAUUUAGUAUUUUCUACUCUUCGAGUUUGUUUUCCUCAGAAGUUUUGAAUGUAUAUUUUCUAAAUGAUUCCUGGAGCAGUUGGGACCAAACCUUUUGUACCUCCCUGUCUGUGACUCGAGAAAGAGCGAGAGGAGGGAUUGACAGGACCAGGCCUUGUUUGAACAUAAACAUCUUAGUCAUAAACUCUUGGAUUAUUACCAAAUAUGACUUUGUAGUUUAUAGUUAGUGUAUGACAUUUGACAAGGGAACAUUUAUCAUUUGGAUCCCAGUCGUGACAUUUUCUCUAAACGAUCUGUCAGCAGGAUAUAAUGGUCCUUGUUAAAUGAAGAUAGUGCUUUGAAUGAGGCUAACUGGAGUUGCUAACAUCUUGUGUGUUAGCGGCCACAGUUUGAUAGACUCAAGCUGGCAGACCUUUUAUCAGGGUCAUCUCUUGCACAUCUGAAAAUACUUUUUUAGUUUUCUCCGUCAGACAAAUAAGUGCAGAACAACAAAAGAGGCUCAUAUUGAAUGGUCGUGCUUGAGAGCUGUAUCGAUUUUUCUCCUCGCUCAGAAAAGAGAGAAAUUAAAAAUGUCAAUCUGUUGCUUUAAAGUAAGGCCUCACGAGAAUUUCUCCAAAGUCAAAUUAACUAAUUUGGUAAAAUGUUGCCAGUGACAAAAUCCAAGUGGUACUUACACUUUCAAUCAAUUUGAGAUGUUUUUCUAAAAAUGUCUGUCGAUGGAUAAACGGAACCAAACUUGGAAAGAUUGCAAAACCUUAAAUGUCUAGUUUGGCUAUUUAAGAUUUGUGUUUAAACAUAUGCCUUUCAACGGAAUAUAUUGUUCUUACAUGUGCCAACAGAAUUUCUGAGUACCCAGAGUAGUCCUGGGAUAUAAAAUGUGCCGAUGGAUGCAUUCACUAAGAUGCUUUUGAGAAAUGGGGCCUUGGCUUCGUGACAGCUCCUCCGGAAAAAAAAACGAAGGGUCAGAAGGUUGUGAUACACGACACAACACAAACAUUUUUCAACAUUUUAUACAAUCUGCCCGAAAGUAUAUCUGACUCAUUUAAAAUGAUUGAACUGUUUGUAUCACAACAAAAUGAGUUGUCCAACAUGUUGCCUGUGUUUUCUCGUCCGUCUGCUGUACGAUGCAGAUGCAGUUCAUGGUCUCAUUGUGAGUGUAGUAUUUCUGCUUUACAGUAGCCAGCAAGAACAAACUCAGAAAAAGGGAUUCUGUAAAUAAUAAGGGCAUGCAAAGACAGUUCUGUUUUGUUUCAGAUGAAAGUAAAUCUAUUUACAUAUCAACAAAGGUAAAAAAAAAAUGAAAAAAGAUGUUUUUGAACUAUGUGAUGACAUCAUACAGUACCAAUGUGUUACGACUACAGAAACUGUGUUACUACUCUUAAUAUGUGAGUGACCAUUCCUAUUCAAAUGUCUUGUAAUUCAACAAUAUAAUAAUGAUUAAUAUUACGAUGAUUAUUGUGCCAAAGGGGUUAGGGAGGGUCUAGAUUACUAGCUCGUGGGUAGAUAAAUGGUUUCAUACAAAAAAUUCUAAAAAUAUAAAUGUAAAACUGUUUCUAUUGUUUUUGGAUAUUUUCUAUAUAAAUAUUCCAUAUUUUCCAGUGUUGAAGCAAUAUUUACCACACGUAUACGAGGUGCGCAUCUGAAGGGUUUCAUAAACAAUGUUUUCAAUUGUUGUUCUUCAUCCUGCUGUAAUCUCUGCGAGGGAUACAUUUAGUAACUCGCAACUUCCCUAUUUGUGCAUUGUGAUCCUCUCACUUUAGACUUGUUGUUCCUCUUCUACUGCUGUGUGUUUCUGGUCCAGUCUAAAUCAGAUUACAAUCCACUGAAGACAUAGCUGCAGUUUAAGAGAGUUAAGGAGUUGUGUGUGCGCCAUAAUUGUUGCUACCCUUUUUAGCUGUCUUUAUAUUUUAUAUAUUCUCCUGUCCUCAAAGUAACCCCAGUAUGUCUCUACAACUCAGAGCAACACAACAAACUUCUGCUUGGAUCUUAAAUGAGGAAAAAAAACAAAUUGGGUCCCAUAAUCAGCAUCUGAGAUAAUUGCACAUGAGAGGGUUAAAAAUGUACAAAGAUAAAAGCACCAGAGGAGAACCGCUGGUCCUAAUUGUUGACUAAAUUGAUUCUUGUCUCAAAGUGCUGUCUGUGCAUCAUUACCUCUACUCAUCUAAUUUUAAUCGUCGAGGUCUGACCUGUUGUCAGAAAGUGAACCAGCGCUCUAGCUCAGAUGCUAUCGCUGAGGAGUUUCUUUGUGUGCUUCUGUCACUGGCAGUGUGGAAACAUGCAGGGAGCUUGCUUCAGCACUUCAGCUGCAUCUUAUCAGCCCCUCUGGGUUAGGCUUGACAGCUCUGUGCUACCUCGGCAGAAAAAGACAGGAUCACUGCUUGAAUCUACUGCUGUCUUGUUCUCUUUGAGGGCUCAGUUCUGCAACAUCUUUUAAUAAAAAUCAAGCGAUCAUUAAAAAGGAGUGCAGCAGGCUUUUUACAAAAUUACAGUUUGAAAAAGCACCGAGUCAUGGCCUUUCAUAUUUGGUGUGAAGAAAUAAUGCAGGCAUUGAAUUGUUAGGUCAGCAUAAAGUCAGAGAAAUAUAAAUGCUAUCUAGCGUUUUGACCAAAUUACAUUUCAGACCCUCUUUCAUCUGAAUCCAAUCUUUUUAGUGCUUUCAACACCUGGUGAGCUUUCAAACAUUUUCCUUGACAAAUGCCUCUAAUGGUCCCAUUUCAAAAUAAAAGCAAGUCAAGCCAUUUUGCUUUCUGCCCUAAAACUAACCAUCACUUAACAUUUGACCUCAAGGUUUAAAAAAAGAUUCCACUCAUAUUAAUCGGGUUUAAUGUCAGUUAUAUUUAUUUCCCCUAAUGUACUCGCCAAAACAUGAGUAAAAUCUUACGCUCGUCACUAAGAUGAUCUCCUGAUUUUUGUCUCUCAAAACUAUGUUAUUUUACAUAAAUGCACUCUAAAGAAUUGGAUUAUUAAUCCCUGCGCUCAAAAACACUUGUAAUCCAGACAUGCGCAUCUACUGAUGGGAGGGAAAAAAUAAACACAAGGUCAUUUAGUUUACACCGUUUACUUAUCAUGGGGCUGCAAAUGUAAUUUAGUUUUGGAUUGCAGAAAACAGAAUCGGUUGGCAGAUUGCUGAUUUACUGACGAGGGAGGCAGUUUUUCAGUCAAUCAAUCCCCCCCGCCCUGCCGAGCAUUUGUCUGAUUUGCUACAGAAAACAGGACUAUGUUUACUGUGUAAACACCAUGCAGACAUAUGGUUGAAUGUUCUGUCAGGGCUGGAAUGGAGACUCUUCUCUUCUUCUCAGUACUGUCACAGGCUCUUACAUAAUGAUUAUGAUGUGUCAUGAUGAAGACCUUUGUGAGUGUCAUUUGAUAAAUCUCACAAAUAGUUUCUUACAUUUUUAACAGCAUUAAUGGAAUAAGUAAAUCACAAAAUCAAAAUAAUUUGAUAAGCAGUAUGACUGACAUACUAACGGUACGCAUCCCCAAGAGUGAAUUUUGGUUAAAAAUAUGGGUAAUUUAAGAGUUAGGAUUAUUAUUUGAUAGCAAAUCUGAAAUAAAAACCAAAAACAGAGGAACUUUACCCAUUUUUUAAUCAAAGGAAUCUACUUUGGCUGCAGCCGGUUUAAUCUACCUUGUUGCCCGAGAGUUGACAGCUCAUCAAAAAUCAUUAACAAUGUUUUUGUAAGUUGUGCGAAGCCGAUGAUUUGAAUGUUGCUUUUUAUAACGGAGUAAUAAUGUUUGAUAAGCGGUCUUUCCCUCAGUCAAUAGCGUAAAAUCAUUUUAGGCCAUCAGUGUAUGUUAUAUAUUGCAGAGGAGAAGGAGUUGCGUUAUAAGAGAUUAGGUUUGUAUUAUAUUGAUAAGAGAGAAAAGUUUGUGUACGUGUUUAUCUGGUUUUAGGAUUUAUGAGGAUGUUGAAUUAUUAAGCAGGUCUGUGAGUGUCUUUAUGGCAUUAUUGUUUUGCAUACAUAGCUGGCAAAAUGCAGAAUUUACAGUAUUGUGUAUUGAUGGUUAGUAAAAUGUAUUUAUUAGAGGGUUAAACCAAAACGAGCUGUGAUAUUGCACCAUAUAACGCAGAGUUGUCCUUGCAGGGCAUGAUGGGGGAUGGGAGAAACUCUUUCUUUCAGAGAACAUGGUUUUUAUAUUCUUCAUAGAUUAUCAUGUUUGGAUUUCUGCUCUGGACAAAAACUCUAUUAAUGCCCCCCCGCUCAAAAUGUUAAAUAGAUCCUAUUUUCAUUAAAAGUGUUAGAGGUAUCAAUAAGGAGAUGAAUGCUGCCUAGAAGUGAUGUUUGCAUUCGUACUGCUGAUCGUGUUUAAUGAGUGACUUCAGUCGUUGUGACGUUUUACAAGCAUCUAAGUUAACGUUCAUGUGUAGUUUUUUUUAGGAGCCUAAACUAGUUUAUUCUUGACAAAGGCAGUCCAUCUGCAUAUAAAUGACGGCGCUGUGUUGUUUUCCAGUCUGUUUACAACCCAAGCAUUGGAAGCGGUUAGUUUAGGCUCAGUUUUGAUCAAAAGAAAAUGAUGACGGGCUUCCAUAAACGUCAUUGAAGGGAAGCGGGGCGAGCUGAAUUCCCUGUAAUGAAUGAAGAAUGUAAUAUAUGUUUUUCUAUAUUCAUUUAGCAUUCACUCCAUAAAAUGAAAUUCUAUGAUAAAAGUCUUUAUUUAUUUGAAAGAAAUAGGGCUUGAAUUGCAGCGUAUCCCCAGAUGUGUUUCAUCACUGUUAACGCUCCUCCACUCAGUGCCAACUUUCUAUCAUCUUCUUAUUUCAGGGGGGGGGGGUGGAUAAACACUGCUGAUAUAUGAUUCAACUAAAGUGAUAUCUACAUAAAUAUAUUAAAAUGUAUAUUUUUUCACAAGCUGUUUAACAAAGUCAACAUCUUGUAAAUGUGAUAAGGCUUAAAUGUAUUACUAAAUGAAGCUUUGUAGCGUUUAUCCACCCUCGGGGACAUUUGAUCGUUGCUUUUAAUGAACAUUACCUUUGUUUUUUAAAGCUUGUUUUUUUGUGUUUUUUUCUCUGAUGUUCAGAACUGUAGAAUGUCAUUUGAUGCUUUGUAUUGGUGUGAUAAUGGAAGAUGGUUUUAUAUUUGGAUAUUUGACUCCAUUUAAUAUUUUCACUAUGGAUCCAGCUGUUUGGGGAAUACAGAUUGAAGUGGCUUUUUAGUGGGGGUUGUAAACUUCAGGCAGAUUUUAUGUUCAAUCUCUGUUUUUGCCAAAUUAGCUUUAGACGUACAAAACUAGAUUAGAUGUUUUUCUACCAGAAAGCUUUGUUAACUAAAUGGGAUCCAAACUGGAUUUCACAUUGUUUUGUCACUGACUCCUGGGCCUCGUUCACAGCCUUUUUGGAGGUUCCCCACAGACCUGGCAGCGGGGAACAAGAGCAGUUCUAGCCAAACACGGUUCUUCUCAUCUCCCAAUUAAUGAAUCUUUAUCUAAAUUGGCCCCCGGCGAUGCCUGUGAAGGCAACUCUUUGGGCUUAUCUGCUGCCAUUGGGAACAGUAAAGAGAAAGGAGAGUUGGCAGUGUUAGCAGGAGGCUCCCUGUGCUUUUGAUACAUCAAUACAGUGUUCUUGUUUAUCAGUAAACACCAUAAGGAUAGGCGUAAGGAGGUUUUUAGAACAGCAAGAGUUCACAUUUGGUAAUGGUUUUAUCUUAUGUGUUCAGUUGUUUUGGAGCAAUACAAGCACAUUUAACAUUAUAUAACUAUAGACAAUAAAUCCACUUAUGUAUCCAGAAUGAAGGCCCCAUCAACUCGUGCACAGUUGUGGGUACAUCUAUUUAUAAAUAUAUUUAUAUAAAUUAAAUAUUUUGAUAUGGCCAGGCAGGGAGUGCAGAUCAUCAAUGGGAUCUGAGAAGAAGCCUGUGAAAAGGAGAACCAGUGAAACUACAUUUCAGAAGAGCAUCAGGUAGCUUCCUGCACAUACCAGGGAGUAACUAAGACUGUGUUGGGUAAGGGAACACAUGAAUUAUAUCUUUUGUUGAGCGAUACUCCUCUCUGCGAAAACACUGUGCUCCCAUCACACCCUGGCAUUACCAGGUGGAUUUUUCAAAGUCACCAUAGUUUGACUCGGUGAAGCACUGAGCAGCUUUCUUUAAGUGGAACAAAAAUAAAUCACAGGGCAUUCAUUAAGUCUAACUCACAGCUCUUCAUGAUGACAUUUUUUCUUUCUUACUGGGAUGUAACGCAACAUUUCUGGGACCCUUCAGUCACUGUGACCGUGCAGCAGUGAUGUGGAGUCAGACAGGAAGUGGGAUAUGGUGUGUGUGGGGGGGAGGGGAAAAGGAAAGGGUUUUUGCUAUUUGAUUCAUUUUUUUGCAGUUGAUAAAUCAUUGUGUAAGUCGACUACAAAGUACCUUUGAAUCCUUAUUGAAAUCAUUAUUAAAAAAACUAUGAUUGACCUUG